UGACCGGUACCACCUAGAGCCGUUUGCGCGCACCUGCAUACCCCGAGUCGCACUCCUGCCUCGUCACUCGCCCGCCUGCCCUUCCCCAUUGCGCACUCACGCGCCACCGUCUCCUCCACGGAUCUGCCGCCUAUCCGCACCCUCGUCGGCCCUGCACGUCGAUACCACCAUACAUUAGUGGGUUUCCUGGCAUUACGGCUAGCCACCUCCGCUGCGGGCCCUGUCCAGGCUGAAGUCACACAAGCUCCCGGCCCCGGCUGCCCUUGACGCGCAUCACCGAGGUCGCAUACACGGCCGUCUUGCCUCACAGCUCUGCGCUGGCGAGAGCAGACCUAUUCGCUGGCAGUCCACGUCAUAGAGAGGGUAGCAGAGCCUUAGAGGCCUGCAGCUGGCCGAAUAAACAUGUCGGCCACCCCCCCGAAGAAGGAGAACGUGGAACCUGGAGCGCAAUCGCCUGACGAUUCGGAGCCGCAUAUGGACAGAGAAGCUCAGGAUACACAAGCGCAAGGACUCGGGUACGAGUUCGAAGUCAAGGAGCAGGACCGAUGGCUGCCUAUAGCGAAUGUUGCGCGCAUCAUGAAGAUGGCCCUGCCCGAAAACGCAAAGAUUGCAAAGGAGGCCAAGGAAUGCAUGCAAGAGUGCGUGAGCGAGUUCAUCUCGUUCAUCACCAGCGAAGCGUCCGAGAAAUGCCAGCAAGAAAAGCGCAAGACGGUCAAUGGCGAGGACAUUCUCUUCGCCAUGACUUCUCUUGGCUUCGAGAACUAUGCCGAAGCAUUGAAGAUCUACCUCUCACGGUACCGCGAAACCCUCCUCGCAAAUCAGAACAAGCCUGCCGUCGGUUUCAAUGCAGGCGGGAAUGCUGCCGCCGGCGCCAGCGGCAGCGGGGCGUCUGGUGCAAAUGCCUCCUCCGGCCAGGCCUACGGCACAGCGGAGGGUUCCAACAACCUAUUGAGCGGCGAUGUCGAAUCCGCCGACCACGACAGCACCACGUUCGGCUACACCGUCGGCCACCACAACGGCAACGGCAACGCAGAGUUCUGAGUAGCGCCGCGUCCCCGGAUGAUCAGGAUCCCCUUCAAGAUUCAUCGCGCGAUGCUAUGGUCAAAUGCUCGUUACGGCGCAUCGGACAUCGCAAAAGAAGGCGCAUACGGCUAGUCAGUGCGCGCAAGCGCGCUGGGUAGGCCGUCCCAACCCAACCAGAUUGUAAGAUAUUGGAAUGGAGCGGGGGACAUGAUGGGAUUUCUUUUUCAGGGCUGUAUCAGUUCGGCCGUA